AUGACGGAACGGGAUAUUGUAAGUUUGAACGAACUUUCAAAUGAGUUUUAAUCAAAAAUGUGUUCAGAAUGACAGAGCUCGAUCACCGCCGCCGAUCAGAGGACCGAGAACACCGGUGAGUUAAGAAAAUUGUAGACAACAACACAGUGCAAGUAUUGUAGCCUGACGAGCCGAUGAUCCAAGAACCGCAACCGUCGACAUCCUACUAUUAUGCGCAUCAGCAGUACGCGAUGCUUAACAGCUCGAUCGUCGGAGGUGCCGAUCCGUCGGUUCCGCCUCCGCCGAACACUCCGCAUCCGUCCAAGCGGUGAGUUUUCUUACUCUUUUAAAAUGAAUCCUGUCAGUAAAAGAUUAGCACUCAAGUUGUGUAUUCCAUUGAAUAGGGCGUAAGGAGUUGCAUGCAUUCCAAGAACAAUUCAAUUUUAUUGACACAACUUGAAGUUAUGAACAUUCAAGAAUUUCCAAAUGUCAAACAUUGUUCAACACUUUUAAAAAGCAGAAAACCCUUAAUGUAAAAAUAAACGAAACAUGCAUGUUUGCAGUAUUCAAAACGAGAACGACGGCUACUUUUCGACGCCGAGACAAACGAAGCAUGGACCGAGAACUCCGCCGUUGCCGCCGCCGCCACAGGAUGUAAUGUCGGCACAUCAGUUUCCGUUCAUGUUUCAGUAUUAGUGAGUUCUUUCUUCAAACUUUGUGCUUGAUUCUCAAUGCCAAGUGGAAAAUGAGACGAUCAUCAAAACGAACUAUUUUGCAGUGCACCACCACCCGGAUGGACUCACGAAAUGAUGCAAAUGGCUCCGCCGGGCACAUUUGCACCGGCUCAAUAUUUUCCACCACCAGGUACGAUUACAUCACUUUGAUUUGGAAAUUGACAAAAACUGAUCGGUUGCCAUGACGACCAAUUGUUUCUCAUCGACUUAUAACUAUCGGUUUGUGUGUCAAAUGCUAAACUCUUAAACAGUGUUGUCAUGGCAACGAAAAUGGUUGACCUUAACGGUUUUAGGGACCACAGAGUGUUUCAAAAAAGUAUAGAAUCUGUCAAAAUAAAUGUGUUCCCCAUGUUGACAUUAAUUAGUCUAACCCUCAAAGAGUGAUGUAGUAAUUCAAGAACCUUGCAAAACGUUUUAUUUCAGGUCUGAGCUACCCACCGCCACCAAUGCCGGCGCAUCAGUUCAUGCCGCCCGGAUUGCACACGACCGUCUCCGCGCCGAUCACCACCACCGCCACAUCGUCGUCGUCGUCGUUCUACAAAGUGACGCCGGUCAAUCCGCCGCCCAACCCGCCGUACCACUUUGAGCCGCCCGUCCCGCCGCUCCUAAGCCCCGCGAAGAAGAAGGAGUCGGAAGUUCCGCCGCCACCGCCGCCACGUCACUCGACAGCAGCGCCACCUCCGCCACCGCCGCCGCCACGCAAGUACAGACACGAGUACGAGCAGCCGACCUCGUCGUCAUCCUCAUCGUCGGAUAUGGUGUACGUGAAAGAGCGCAUCCACGUUGUGCCGACGUCGACCGGAUCGGCGACCACCGGCCACAACAGUGUGGUUAACGGAAGUGCGGUCGCCAACGGACGCACCGUCGCCAUGUUGCCGUGGAGACGGAGCGAGAAGGAGAAGGAGUGAGUUUCGGGUGUAUGCGUGAAGAGUACAUUGGAACAUUUUCUGGUGGUUUUCAACAUCGAAACGUUCUCAGGCAAAUCGUUAUUAAUCUGUGCUAGCUACCGAGUUCAGAAUCUAGCUGGAUGAUUGUCCUAUCAAAAUACACUGAUAAUAUUGUCAAUUCUCAUGUCUUCUUGGCAAUAAGCCUCAUUAGUGAGAGCCUAUGGUUGCAAAACGUAAUGAGAUAACAUUUGUUAUAAACUAACCAUUGUCUAUCGAUUGACAUGCUUUCUGAACUCUACGCAUUGAGGGCGUAAACAGAAAAGAGAGAAGCGCACGUAUGCGUAGACGCAGACGUCUAGACACUAGCGAGACGGAAGCAAACUGAACUGGGAGGUCGAGUUUUCAAUAAAGUUUAUUUAUUUAUUCUCGUAGAUAAGGAAAUGAAAAACGAUAGUAUAGAAAUGCACACUUGAAAAAGAAGAAAACGGUGACAAGACUUCCAGAAGAUGUCUAGAGAAAGAGGCUCAAUUAGUAUCUGACAAUGAAAUAUUGUUCACUUUUGCAGGUUCCCUCCACUUCCACCGCCACCGAUCCCUCCGACGAAUCUGCCCGCCGCGCCGCCCUCCAAUGAGUUCAUCAUGGACGUGCUCAACGGCGCGCACGUCGAAACGCCGAAAAGUGCACCGAAAAAGAGAAAGGAGCAGCGGAGAGAGGUAGAGAAGACACAUUUUUGGAACGACCCUAAUUGUUGUGUUGCAGAGUCGUUCCUCACCGAAAUCGUCGGCCUCAAAAACGCCGUCCACGCCGAUCGCUGUCGCUUCGCCCGUUGCGUCCACGCAAAAAGAGGCGGAGGUUACUAUGACCACACCGGCGCAGAUCCAAGAAACGGUACAACUGGUGGCGGAAGAUGAUGGAGAUGCCGAAGUGGCGAUGGCGAUGGAAGGGGCGGAGCCUCUGGCGACAGUGCUCGCAGGCACCAGAUCGGAAUGCUCGACACCCGGAGGACUCGGCGGCGUCCGGCCGCCCCAAUUCAACCGCAGCUACCAGGAUCCGGCGGAAGCAGGCGCGGCGGCACGACUCGGAUCGCCGCUCGAAAGACGCAGUGCCUCGCAGCCGCCCAUCUCGUCGUCGAGCCGCCGCGGCCACGGGUUCCGCACGAGAACUCGCGAGUCGAGUUCGCCGCCGCCCGACCGCUCCCGGCCACGCUUCCGAUUCAAUCGAUUCGCGAAACGAUCGACGUCACGCCGUCGUGCCAAUUCGGACGAACCGCCGCGUCGCCGUGCGCCCGGACCACGCACCCCAUCCGGAACACCGCCGCCCCGAGAGGAGACGGAGCGAGAGCUGAGCGCCAAGACACCGUUCUACACGUCGCCGUCACCGUCUUCCACCUACAUUCCGCUCAUUUCGAAAUCGCCGAAAAAGCAGAAGAAGCGAAAGAUGAAGCGUGUCGUUAUGGAUUCUGACGACGAAGAUGAAGAGACAAAACGCGCGCGUAUAGCGGCCGAAGAGGCCGAAAAAGCAAAGAUCGUUUCGAGAACGUUCCUGCCCGAUUGCUUCUUUGGUCUUCUGGGCGCUGCUGGUGCGGCCGCCGCAGGAAACGCGGAGAAAACAGAAACAGUGACGGCGCCCAGUUCGGUGGAGAAGCCCGAGGAGGAGCAGGAGCCGAUGGACCUCUCCAAGUUCGAGGAGGCGUUGAAGAAGAGCCGCAAGAAGCAGGAUCGGGAUAUUGAGGUCGAGUCGGAAGAUGAUCGAGUUUCCGCACCGGCUCAAGUGGCCCAUGCGCCGAGUGGAUCCGAAGAUGCGUCGACUGAAAGUCCGAGCUCGGAAGCGCCAGAAUCGCCGACGUUUUCCCAGAUCAAGUCGGAUACCCGUAACAGCAGCAUUUCCAAGACGCCCGUCACGUCAACCACGCCGAAGAAUGUGGAUCUCAACGAGCGAAUGAAGCAGUUCCGGAUGCGGAAAUUAGCGUCGACGCAGAAAAAAGAUGGGGAUUGGGUCGAUGAACCGGUUGCUCCGCACGAAGAUGUCGACAGAUCCUGUGGAUUCAGUCCGAGCCCCGAACCUCAAAACGAGCCCGAGCCCGAGCCAGAGCAGCACAAUAACUAUACCGAGGAGGAGCUGUUGCACGAGGAGGCGAUGGAAGUGGAGGAAAUUGUUCCGGCGGUGAAUGAGGAGGUGUUGCUUGCGGAGCCGAUCAACGAGAUUGAGGUGUACACGGACGACGAGCCGAUUGCCGAGGAGGUGCGGGCUCCGAUCAGUCCAAUUGCUCAGGACCAGCUUAUGGAUGAGGAUGAGGAGUAUGGUCGUGACGCCGACUUCUCGGACGAGGAGUCUGACGAUGAUUCGAGCGAGGUCCGCUUCAAUAACACCAAUGAUUUCUUCCCGGAUAAAAAGCCCGAUGAGGUUGAGCCGAUUCUCGAGCAAGAUCCCCAACCGGAACCGGAACCAGAAGUUGAACAAGUACUAGUAGAAGAGGAACCAAUCGUCGAAGAAGAGCCACCUGCCAAAAAGCCACGUAUCGUCACAGAAGUCCCUGUUCUGGAAGGCGAUCCAUUUGAGAUUAUCACCGAUCGAAUUCAAUUCAAAUUGGAGGAGAAACCGAUCAAGCUCGAGGAGCCGGCGCAAGCCCCAGCCGCCUCCACAGCUCCGCCGGCGGUUACUGUACUGGAUGUCGAUGAUGACGACGAUGAUGAUAUUGUCGAGAUUCCGAUCGUCGCAAAACCGCCCGUCGCGCCGACCCCUAUCGCCACGUCGACACCUCUCAAGCGGCCGCCCGUCGUCACAAAAGCGGCGCUGAAGCUGAUUCCGCCGCCGGCGCCGCCACCGAAACCGCGCGGACGUCGCGGGCGCAGGAAGAAGAGCCCGAGCCCGUUGUCGUCGAGCGAGAGCCCGAGCCCGGUUCGAAAGAUUGCACCGCCAACGCCCAAGUUUACGGCGCCGACUAUGAGCUCGAGAAUCGCUUCACGUCUUCUGGAUUCGCCCCCGCCACCGGCACCGAUUUCACGGCAUAUUCGAAGCGAUUCGGUGCUCCAGACGAACCCGCGAACAGACCACACUACACGUCUCAACGAUAUUAUGGCCUCGUCAAAGUAUGCGGAUGCCGUGUUCGAACGACUCGGCAAAUUCAAAAAUCAUGAGAUUUACACGUCGAGAUCACCGCCCGAAUCGGACAAAAAUCGAUCGAUAAUCAUGCGAGCAAAAUCGGCAAAAGUGGAGGAGAAGUCCGAUGCGGAGGCGGACGACGUGAAGCCGAACGUGACAUCUCUCAAACGACACUCGGAUCAUUUCGACGCGAGCGAUCCGGCGAAACUGCACAUUGAACUACUCAACCGACAACGCCUCGAUCGGCCCGCGCGUCGUCCGUACGGGACUUCGUCGAACUCGUCGGGCGCCGCGUCGCGUGCCGAAUCGCAAAUGUCGGAGCGCGACGACUCGUGCAUGCUCAUCGGUCUCAUGUCGCACAUGAAGAAGGAGAACAAGAUUGUGGAUGUGGACGCGCGCACGGCGGUGCUCAGCAAAGUCGCGAAUCGGGUUAAACAGCAUGGAUCGACGCACGCGCCGGGCGUCCAAUCGGCCAUCAAACUCGUGGAGAUGGACGAGGAGGACGCGAAGAAGGGCAAGAAAAGGCAGCAUCCGGACUUUGAGAUGUCGAAACAGAUUGCUGCCGACGCGGCCCUGAACCCGCACGAUGUGUUUUGGCUAAAAGUGACGAGCAAGAAUUUGAAGAUGCUCACGCGGGAACACAAUUUGCCGAAAAUGGACACGCCGGUGAGUAUGACAGAAAAAGUGGUGAAAAUUGGACAAAAUUUGUAUUCUUUUCAGUUCCGCAAGUAUGUGCGUGUACACAAUCAUCCGAACGGCGGCGCCACCAUAAUCAAGUGCGAUCUGAAUCGUGUCAAAGGCGAAUUUCCGCUAAAGUGCGUUUUUCUGAAAAAAAAAAGAAAAUAUUGGAUCGAUUUUAUCAUUUGCAGAGUGGACAUUGAUCGCUUCGCGCGCCAAUACAUUCGUCUGAGCGUGUCGGAAUCGAAGACGGGCGUGCCGAUAUUCGCGAUUUCGGUCAUCGAGAACGGCGCGACCGAUCUGAAGGACUUUUUCGAGAUGCUCGAAUUGGAGAACGAGAAUCUGAUGGUGAAGAUCGGAAGUCUGCUCAACAAGCAGGAAAUCAUCACGAUUCCGCUCAAAGAGUACCGAAGAAAAGUGUUCGAACACUUGGAGGGCAACACUUUCCGGUAGGUUUAGAUGAAGACAAACUGAAUGGUCGACCAAUAACUCUUUUUCAAACAAUACGAAAAACACCGCUCUUGCCCCUCGGUGUUUGCGUACUCAAGACUAAUUUCAGAAAUGUUGGCUUGAGUCUGAAAACACCGAGGGGGCAAUAGCGAUGAAUUGAGUUUAGCUAAUUUCAGUGAAAAAAAUACCAAUAUUCCGAGUGAAAAUCCAAAUAAUCAAGUCUGGAAAUAAGCAUAUUGCAGGUACGGUCCGAUGAUGGAGGUACAGAUGGCGGGCGCGAAGAGCAAUGACUCGGGCGGCGGCUACUUCCGCAAGAUGCUCAAAGAAAUCGAGAGUUCGCCGUUCAUGAAGCCGAUGAUGCCGUGGGGCGAGUUCUCGCACACGAAAGGAGUGCAUCCGAAAAAGCAGGACGACGGGCCGAUCUUCUGGGUCCGUCCCGGCGAGCAGAUGGUUCCGACGUCGAAAGAUCGCAAUACGUCGUCGUUGCGUUCCGUCGACCGCCGCGAACAACUGUUCCUCGACCGCACCGCGUGCCACGCGGACCAAUGUCCCGACUCGAAGGAGAACGGACCCAAGUCGACAGCCGCCGCGGGCAUUCUGCAGGGCAUCCGCGACCCGAGCGACCCGUACUCGGAGGAGCAGCGCCGCGCCGUCAAGGACGUCGUCGUUUUCCACGGAGGCGACUUCUCAAAGGUUGUCGACGCGCUCCAACUCGACAUUUACGAACCGCCCACCGCUCAGGUAAAAGGGGUGUGUAUCGUUUGCUUCACUCGCUUCGUUUCUUCUCCUUUCAACCCCUUGGAAAUAAUAACUUUUAAUGGACUCAUUCAGUCGGGAAAGGACUCAAACGCUGUUCCGCAAAAAUGAAACCCUAAAAAACGAUGUUUUCCUGUUUUGAAUUGAGCGUUUUUCGCCGACUGAAUGAGCCCCUAUACACGUCGCACCACCGAUCUUCGGAUCGAAUUUCGACCCGCUAUGAAAACGCGCUCCUUUUCGUAAGUAAAAAAGAAAUUUGCAGAGUGCAGUGGAGUGCGUUUUCUCAGCGCAAAUUUUGCGAUCGUGUAAUAUGAAUGCAAUGCAAUCCUCAUCGUCAUUUUUGGCUGCAGUGAUCCAUAAAAAUUCCUCCUUACCCCAUGCAUGAACAGAAAAAGUUAGGCAUGAGGCUGAUGAGCUUUGACUUGAAAAAACUACGGAAUGGCUUCUUUUCAGAUGACAUAGAAAUUCAAAAAAACAACUAACACACCCUGAAAAAUGCAUACAUGUUUUAACCUCCAAAUGCGCCUUGCCACCUGAGUUCUUCCACCCCAGAAACCUAUUUAGUCGUGUGUUCAUUUUUUCAGUUAAUUUCCAUAAAAAUGUGCAAUUUUCAGGCUAGUUUUAGUAGUUGAAAACGUAUUCUGAGUUUAUAGUUUUUCCUCUCGCGAUCGACAAUCACAAAUUGAAUGCUGCGCUUUGAGAAUGCCCGUCCUGCCUGCCUUUCAUCUCUUUUGACUCUCUCUCUCUCUCAUUCUCCGUUCAUUCUUCUCAUUUGUUGUCUCCUCUCAUUGGAUGCAAAAAGCGAACGACGCACCCCUUUUGCCCCCGCCACGUGGCAAAAAACUCGAGCUGACGCCUUUGAUAUUGUGAACAGUGGUCGUGAUUGUGAAAAUUGUAAAAAAAAAAAAUAUUAGUAUUAAGGCUAGUUUUAAAGCAAGACUUUCGAACCUGGGACCGAUCUCACGCUCGGCAGCGGCAAAGAGCCAAGUUAUGAUGGCUAGAUUAUCGAUUAAUUAUAGAAAUAGAAAAUAGCAUUAGAACACACAGACAUAGUUCGAUUUUUGAGAGUAAGGCUUAUUCAGUGCAUGUUUUAAUUCGUUUUUUCGCUGAUUUAAGCUUCUCGACGUAAAAAACACGCUGAAUAAGUAUAGUUUUUAAAAAAAACCUAGCGAUGGUGGCUAGAUUAUCGAUUGGUUCAGUGAACGUUGUUUUUUUGUUCCUUACGUUGAAAAACUGAAUAUAGCAAUCAGAAAAACAUGCACUGAAUAACCAUUUCAAGAAGAAAGAUUGCCUUUUGUGAAGAAGCCUGAAAUGAUCCGUAAAUCCGUACCUUUUCAGUUUUGCCAAUGGUCACUAAAAAAUGAUUAACCGAUAUUAACCCGAAGGAGUAUUAGUUGAAAAUAUGUGUUGAUACCUAAAAAAAAUAAACAAUUUUCACUAAUCCAUCCCGUUUUUUCAGUGCGCCGGAUGGCUCGAAGAGGCCAAACUCAACUCGUUGAGAGCCGAAGGAAUUCGAUGGGCAAAACUUGAGGUUUGUCGAGGAACUAAUUGAAUGCUGAAAUCCCGUUUCUAUUUGCAGUUGCACGAGAACGACAUGUACUUUUUGCCGCGCAACGUGUGCCACCAGUUCCGCACAAUCGCCGCGUGCACGUCGAUCGCUUGGCACGUUCGUCUGCGUCACUACUACGAGACGAAGCACACGCCGAGCUUCCCGGAUCCGGAGUUUGAGUGCAACGAUCCGUACUCGGACAUUGAGUGCGACUUUCAAAAAUGA